CCCAGUCAAAACCCCCGCCCGCAUGUCAACUGUCAACUGUUGUUGUUUAGUCCGUUGUUGUUGUUGUUAGGCCCUUUCACGCCACUUUUUGCGACAAGUCAGGCAAAUCCUUCUUUCGUUCACUUCCCCUGCUUUUUUCCCUUCUCUUUCCCGUCGAACCCAUUACUCAUCGAGCACCCAGUCUCCGUUACCUUUGUUCCCUGCUCCAUCGCGCCGCCUGGAAGACUCAAGGAACACAGUUCGUGCUUUCGUCUUUCGUCGUUCGUUGGGUUCACAGAAUAGCAUCUCCACCAUGUCAAGUAUACCCCUGCGGGAUAGAGGUGUGAGAAGAAUGGAGGAUCCAGUGGUUGCACCUCUAAGACACACCCGCAAUGGUUACUCUCAAGAAAGCAUUGGCCGAUUCUCUGAGCACUCAAUUCAUUCCGCCUAUCGCUUGGAGGGUGAGAGUCAUGAAGGUUGCCAAGAUUGUCUCACACGAAUUCCAUAUGCAUCACUCAUUGCCACGAUCAUGUGUUGUGUUGGAGUGGGCGUUUUCUGCGGAACCAUGUACCGAGGUGCCACCUUGUCGGCUCUGAUGUUUGAACAAGUGUUUCAUCUUCAUUUGAGAUGGUUGGAACCUGUGCAGCUCGUUUUCGUCAUAAUUGGUGCUGUCAUGGGAGCUUUGGGACUAAUGAAUCUGUUUGUUGGCUGCUUGGCAACUGGAGCUACCAGACACAAGGUCUAUCGAACGUGGCGUGGGAGAGUUGGUGGAAGAGUAUCUUGUGCUGUGUUCAUGGGUAUCACAUACACACUGCAGUUCAUCUGGCUUUUGAUGUUGUGUUUCUUGAUUGUUGUAACACUUGUUUUCACAACAUUUUGGAAUCUCUGCUCGAGCCAUCGUGUUGCUGUGGAGCACCAGUGCAUAAACUUUGACUUGUUUGACUUUGUUUUUCCAAAUAACACCCCACCUGAGGAUAUGAAGGUUUGUGACAACGAAUUGAAAUUGUUCUGCAAAGAUUAUGUGGAGCGUGCAGAGGUCAUGUUUAUAUUGGCCACGGUCGCCUGCCUGUUUGUGAUUCUGAGUCUUAUGCACUACUUGAUGUGCUUGUCUGCAAACUAUGCACAUAUCCGUGAUCAUGAGAAGUUCCAAGAGUUGCAAGACUUGCAAUACCUACCAGAUAUGACUGGCAUGUCAACCACUUCCAAAGAUUUCAGGGAGCGUUGAUUUGUUCAUGCCUUUGAUCCGUGCUAAGUGCAACUACACAAAUUUUUUUUUCCAGAUAUUUCUAUUAUUAUUUAUGUACAUAUCCAUCAUAUAAUCAUAUUAUUUACCUUGGUAAUUCACAGCUUUGAAAACUACUUUAUUCUAUUGUGUAGUAUUUUGAGAAUGUCCUCAGAGCGAUGUUCAUGACUUGAUCUUAUUCUUGAAGAACAGGUUAAUGUGGUUGUGAACAAUAGCAUCUAGAUGUCUAAGAACCUUUUUGUUUCUUCUCCUUUUUUUUUGGUGUAUUAAUAGUUUAAUUAUUACAAGUGUUAGAAAUCAUUGUCCUUUGCACUUUUCAUUUUUGACCAAAACAGUAAAUGUUUGUUGCUUUUCUAUCUUUUAUUAAUAUUUAAAUAAAUGUGUUGUGAUGUAUGUUUUAGGUGUUAAAACAAUAUUAAAGUGCCCUCCAGUUUUCCUGUU